AUGUUGAAAAAAUAUUCAUCAUGGGCAUCAUGUCAAUCUUCACCUUCAAUGAACACAGAUAUGACCAUGAUAAAAUCAGUAACAGUAAAAUCUAAUGAACAACAACAUCAACAAGAAUCAUUUGAAAAACUUGUAGAUAUUCAAGCUAGCUCAAAUAUGCAUGUUAAUGAUGAUAUACAGUCAUCAUCGAUAAGACUUAAAACUCGAGCUAUACAACUAGCUAUGAUUUCAAAACAACGUGCAUCUUUUUUUGCUGCACCUAUAAAGAUUUCAUCGUCAAUAACAAAUGAACAAAAUAAAGUAUGUUCAAUUGAAAAAUUAUCAAAAGAUACACCAUCUACAAUAAAAAGAAAUUCUAAACAUAAACAUAAACAUCAUCAUCACCAUCAUCAUCAUCGUCAUCAUCAACAUCGUCGACAACGAGCAAAAUAUUUUGGACAAAAACCAAAAAUUCUUUCUCCAUCGAAAUUUUCGAUUAAGAAUCCAAAACAUAUUGAUCAAGAUCAACAAAAUCAGCAACCAAAGAUUAUUUAUCCUAGAGUAUCUACUAAUAAAGAUGAUACAAUUAAUAUGAAUGGUUUAACAAAAACUUUUCAUAAUACUAAUACUGUAACAGAAUUAAUUGAUGAUCAAAAAACACCUUCAGUUGUCUAUCAUGAUGCUGAUAUUCAACCAUCAAGCUUAUCGAAGAGUAUUUCUCAAUCAGUGGUACGUAAUAAAGAUCAAGAAAAAAAAACAACUCGAGGAAACAUUCCAUUAAAAACUAUUGAAAAUAAGUUCAUUUCUCAGCGCGUGGCAGGUGCAAAUGAAGCUCAAGUUGGCAAUUAUUGUACAACGAUUUGUGCUCAAUCUACUCCAUCAUGUAUAAAUCCAUGUUGUGUUGAACAAGCUGAACAAAUCUGUAUUGAAGAUAACUGUUGUAUUCCAUCGACAACAAUUAAUUGUGGAUCAAAUUCUUGUGUAAUUCAACAAUGUGAUCCAAUCAUGUGUGUUCCUCAACAACAACAACAACAAAUAGUCAUAUGUGCUGAUUCAAUGCCGUCACAGAAUUUUUGUUGUACAUCGUCGAGUAACAAUAUUAUUCAACAAACACAACAAUAUUUUUGUGCUGAUAAUAAUCCACAAUUAUCUAUGUGCCAGUCUUUAUCAACAAAUUCAUCACCACAAUCUUUAAUAUGUGUAUCGCAAACACCAUGUCAAGCAACUCCAAGUAUUGUUAUUCAACAACAACCUCAAAUACAAGUUCAACCAUUACAGAUUAUAUCAAGUUCACAAACACCAGCUGCACAAUGCGUUCAGCUAUGUUCAAGUGCCUCACAAGUUAUUCCAUCGCCAACUAUUCAAAUUACUCCACAAAUUCUGUAUCAACGUCCAUAUGAUACAGUCGUUUUACCAGUUCAAAACCAACAACUGGUUUGUGCAACUCCUCCUGCUGUAUCAUUGAGUCGACCAUCCUAUGCACCGAUGUGUGUUGUCCCUGCUGCAUCAGCACCACCACCAUCGGGACCAAACAUGUUUCGUAACGCUCUUAUUCAAAUUGUUUCUAAAACAACUGGUAUACCUGUAAAACCGCCAAUGGUUUGCACACCCGCAUCACCAGCAAUGGUUUGCUCCCCUACACCACCAUCAAUGGUUUGUUCCGCUGCACCACCAACAAUGGUUUGCUCUCCUACACCAUCAGCAAUGGUUUGUUCCCCUGCACCACCAGCAAUGGUUUGCGCACGUGCACCACAAGCAAUGGUUUGCGCACCUGCACAAUCACCAAUGGUUUGCACACCUGCACAAUCACCAAUGGUUUGUGCACCUGCACAGCCAACAAUGGUUUGCACUCCAAGCCCUUUAUUAACCGAUGGUUCACCAGGAUCGGCAUCCCCGCCAAUCGUACCGCUUACCCCAGGUGGCUUACUUAUUCCAUUUGAGCCAUCUGAACCGUCGAGAGGCAUGAUACGUGGUGCAUUGUCUCGAUCAAAUCGUUACCCAUCAAAUCUAAAAACUUUUGAUGAUAUUCGACAACAGAUGCUACAGCGCGCUCAGGUAUUAUCGGAACUUCGACGAAUGCAAGCGGAUCAAUUAGCAUCAUCUGCCCAACGCUCACGAAAUAUGCCAGUCCGAUCACUACCUGGAUUCUCAUCAAAUUUACCGCGAUCCACUGCUUAUCAAUCAGGUUUAUCGCGACCAUUUCCUUCAUUUUCAUCAAAUUUACCGUCACAACCACCGAUGUACAGAUCACAAACUCCAUAUCCAAGUGGAAAUCUUGUUUCACCUAGUAGUAGUUCAAGUAGAUCAUCGGCUUCAUCUACAGCACCUAAUCGACCACCUGGUCAAUCAGUAUUAUCGGGGCCGUCAACUGCCUAUCAAUCGUUUCAGCCCUGA